GCACCGCCCGCGCCCGCCGCCGCUUCUGCAGCUGCAGCGGCGUUCGCACAACUUUCCGGCCCGCGCCUCCGCGAGCGCGCCUCUACCGCUCUCGCUGUGUCUACUCCCGCGCCCUUGCCGCCCCUUCUCCUUCUCUGCUGCUAGGUGGCCAGGAAGGAAGAAGCAAUUCAGUCAGGAUGGCUAAAGGUGACCCCAAGAAACCAAAGGGCAAGAUGUCUGCUUAUGCCUUCUUCGUGCAGACAUGCAGGGAAGAACAUAAGAAGAAAAACCCAGAGGUCCCAGUCAAUUUUGCAGAGUUUUCCAAGAAGUGCUCUGAGAGGUGGAAGACAAUGUCCGGCAAAGAGAAAUCGAAGUUUGAUGAAAUGGCAAAGGCGGAUAAAGUACGCUAUGAUCGGGAAAUGAAAGAUUAUGGACCAGCUAAAGGAGGCAAGAAGAAGAAGGACCCCAAUGCCCCCAAAAGACCACCGUUUAAUUACAAGAUUUGA